AUGUCCAGUAACAGCAACGCGGAAAAUCCCGAACCGCUGUCGCAGCUUCCCGAUUGGUCCGAAAUAACCUACACGCGGCUUCAGCUACGUCCAGAGCCACAAUUACCGCCACGUGUCGAGCACCUAUUGGUGGAACGAGAAGGCAGCGUUGUGAAUGUGGUGGCUGAAUCAUUGGACCUUCCGAGGGAAUACGUUACAGAUUUGAUACGAUUCGGUGGAAUCUACCAUGCCCAGGUGCCACCUCCCCCGCCUCCGAACCUCCCUUCACAAGCCCUCCAAGCCUACCUUGAUUUUAUCGCCCAGCACACCACUGACCCCACCUCCUCGCCCUCCUCUCCCUCCUCCCCUUCCUCCCCCUCCUCUCCUACCCCCUCCUCCUCCCCCUCUUCCUCCUCUCAUCAACCGAAGGUCACACUGGCGGAAUUGCAGAAGGUUCGAAGGGUGGAGGUGGGGGGAGUGCGGGGAAGAGGCGUUGGGCAGAAGGAGAAGAGGCAAAGGCAGAGGUCCCGAGACAAGGCGGGGAAGAAGGGCACGGGGAGUGGGAGAGAAUUGAGGGGCAAGAGGGAUGGGAGGGAUGACAGAGACAAGGAGAAUGAUCAGCAGCAGAAGCAGAAGGAGGGGGAGGAGGGGGAAGAGGAGUAUGGAGUGAGGGUGCAGGCAGGCAGUUACCUUCGAGUUCACGUGCAUCCUAAACGAUUUCCCAUGUGCUACAGCUUUGAUUGGCAAAGAUCCGUGAUUGUAAACGAGGAUGACUAUGUGGUGAUCGAUAAGCCAUACAACGUUCCUGUGGGCGGCACAGUGGACAACCUACUGGAGUGCUGCGCCUUCUUCGGAGGGCAGGCUGUGGGGCUCAAUCGCCCACUGCAGCUCACCCACCAGCUCGACCUCUGCACGCAGGGCUGCGUGGUGAUGGCCAAGAACCGCCAGUUUGCCAGCUAUUUCAACCAGCUGCUUCAGGGUCGCAAGGUUCGGAAGCUUUACAAGGCCCUAACCGCCUCUGCUCCGGCCCCAGGCAGGCACAUACAUUUCAUGCUGCCCGACCCGUACUCUCCAAAGAUCUUAACACGAGAAGCCAUGCCAGGCUGGCAGCACUGCGAGCUUGUGAUUCGCCGAGUGGAGGAGGUCCCGUGGCCUGCUGAUUCUGCGCUGGCUGCUGCUGACGUGGACUGCUCCUAUUGGCCAGCUGCUGACGUGGCAUAUGAGUGCCUGGUGGAGCUUAUCACAGGGAGGACACACCAGCUUCGAGCACAGUUUGCGGCGCUGGGCGCGCCUCUCAUCGGUGACACCAUGUACGGCCCGAACCAAGUCCAGCAGGCCGCACCUAUGGUUAUAAAAGCAACCAUUUCCCCCGGCCGCGGUGCUGCUGGCGUGAAGGGGAAUGAAGUGGGGAACUCGGGCCAGGAGAGGAGAAAGCAAUUAGUGGAUGCGGAGGUGCUAUCCCAAGCGAAGCUCCUGUUUGGGGCGGCACCAGAGGCGGCUAUUGGCUUGCAGGCGUUUUCUGUGAGAUGGGAGGAGCAAGUGGAACAAGGCAAGGGGCGAGUGAGAACAGCUUAUAAGGAGUACGAGGCUGGUAAACCGUGGUGGAGAGAGGGUUGA